ACGUGUAAUUUAUUAUUUAGUUCUUUAAAGUUUGUUUUUUAAGUAUAACCAAGUGAGAGUUUGCGUAUUCUGCGGGUUUGUUUGUCUGAUAGCAUAUUCUACGUUGAGACAUUGAAAGAUUAUUCGGUCUGAAAUACAUAAAAGCAAAAACUUUUAUUUGUCUAAAGAGAAACAACUAGAAGAGUACGAGAUGAACGGCUCCGAAUCUGGGUUCAACCCGGCCUUCAACAUUGCCACUAUCAAGCAAGUGGUAAACGAGGCCAUAGAGAGAGUCGCGCCGGUUUCAGUGCGGAUGCCGACACCGACCCGACUCAGGGAUCUUAUAAGGCAAAUCAGAGCCGCUAGGACCGCCGCAGAAGAACGAAGCGUCGUCAACAAGGAAUGCGCCUACAUUAGGUCUACGUUCAGAGAAGAAGACAGCGUCUGGAGAUGUCGCAACAUUGCCAAGCUCCUGUACAUCCACAUGCUGGGUUAUCCGGCCCAUUUCGGUCAGCUGGAGUGCCUAAAGCUGAUCGCAAGUCCUCGAUUCACGGACAAACGAGUCGGCUACCUCGGCGCGAUGCUGCUUCUGGACGAACGCCAAGAUGUCCAUCUCCUCAUCACGAACUGCUUAAAGAACGACCUCAACAGCAACACACAGUUCGUGGUCGGGCUCGCGCUGUGCACCCUCGGAGCCAUAGCCUCGCCGGAGAUGGCCAGGGAUUUGGCUUCGGAAGUGGAGCGUCUGAUAAAGUCACCGAACGCCUACAUAAAGAAGAAGGCGGCGCUUUGCGCGUUCAGGAUCAUCAGGAGAGUACCAGAUUUAAUGGAGAUGUUCUUGCCGGCCACUAGAAGUCUACUUACCGAAAAGAAUCAUGGUGUCCUCAUAACAGGCGUUACACUUAUCACCGAAAUGUGUGAGAACAGUCCCGACACGCUUAAUCAUUUCAAAAAGGAGAGCGGACAGCGUGAGAUCGUUCCUAAUCUGGUGAGGAUAUUAAAGAAUCUGAUACUGGCCGGAUAUUCUCCGGAACAUGACGUCAGCGGCGUAUCCGAUCCGUUCCUGCAGGUGAAGAUACUGCGUCUGCUGCGGAUACUGGGCAAGAACGACGCCGAAGCUUCGGAGGCGAUGAACGACAUAUUGGCCCAGGUGGCCACCAACACGGAGACCAGCAAGAACGUCGGCAACACCAUCCUGUACGAGACGGUGCUGUCGAUAAUGGACAUCAAGUCCGAGAGCAGCCUCAGGGUGUUGGCCGUCAACAUCCUGGGGAGGUUCCUGCUGAACAACGACAAGAACAUCCGCUACGUCGCGCUCAACACGCUGCUGAGGACCGUGCACGUCGACACCUCGGCCGUGCAGAGGCACCGGACCACCAUCCUCGAGUGUCUCAAGGACCCGGACAUCUCGAUCCGGCGACGCGCCAUGGAGCUGUCGUUCGCGCUGGUGAACGGGCAGAACAUCCGCGGCAUGAUGAAGGAGCUGCUGGCGUUCCUGGAGCGCAGCGACGCCGAGUUCAAGGCGCACUGCUCCAGCGCCGUGGUGCUCGCCGCCGAGCGGUACGCGCCCUCCGACAAGUGGCACCUCGACACGCUCUUCAAGGUCCUGCUCAAGGCUGGCAACUACUUACGAGACGACACGGUGUCGAGCACGAUACAGAUCAUAUCGUCAGCGGCGACGGAGCGUCAGGCGUACGGCGCCAUGCGACUGUGGACUUCACUGGAACAGUCGGCUGUCUCGGGACUUGCCACAGAGAAACAACCUUUAAUCCAGGUUGCCGCUUGGACUAUUGGUGAAUAUGGAGAUUUGUUAGUAUCGGAAGCCAGCAGCGCUAUCUCUAUGGUGGAUGAAGACGGUGUCGAUGAUUUUGUGCGACCGACUGAAGAAUACGUGAUUGACAUAUAUCAGAAGCUGCUUUGGUCCACGCAGCUCUCGAUCAGCACUAAAGAGUUCCUCUUACUUUCUUUGGCCAAACUGUCGACCAGAUUCACCACGCAAGCCAGUCAGGAAAAAAUAAGAGUGAUCAUAGACACGUUCGGAUCUCACAUCCACAUCGAACUGCAGCAGCGAGGAGUUGAACUAUCCCAACUCUUUAGACAAUACGGGCACCUCCGACCCGCGCUGCUGGAGCGCAUGCCCGCCAUGGAGCCCGUCGCCGCGCCGCACCGCGACGAGCAGGAGCUCGAUCUCAGCGACACCAGCCCUGACCACACUAAGCCUGACCAGGACGCCUUAUUGGACUUGAUCAACGGGUCUGAUUCGUUGACGAACGGAGAUGUGGAACACCAGCCUGAACAAAUCGCUACCACCAACAAUAAUACUAGCAGUAAUGACAUCUUAGACUUGCUGAGCGGUCUAGAUCUAACUCCGAGUGUACCCGCCGCCGCGCCCGCCGUGCUGCUCGCCAACAACAACGUGGAGCCGAGCGCCGCGCCCGCCGCGCUGCUGCUGGACGGGCUGUUCGCGCCGCCCGCGACCCCCCAACCCCCCCACCCGGCCGACGCUAAUGAACGUAAUGCGGCAGGGGCGGAGUGGGAGCGCGCGGUGCUGGAGCGCGGCGGCGUGCGCGUGUGCGUGUCGGCGCGGCGCGCGGCGGGCGCGGCGGCCACGCUCACGGCGCGCGCCACGUCGCAGCUGCACACGCUCACAGACUUCCUGUUCCAGGCCGCCGUGCCGAAGAAAAUCCAGUUGGAUAUGAUGUCUCCAUCCGGUACGACGCUGUCGCCGCAGGGAGAGAUCACGCAGGUGCUCAAAGUUACCAACCCGACCAAGACCCCGCUUCGGCUGCGGAUAAGGGUGUCUUACAACAUUGAUGGCACCCCGGUAUUGGAACAGACGGAGAUCAACAAUUUCCCGGCCGACCUGUUCAACUGACGAAAUGCCACGCCCCCCGCCUACGGUCUGUAGGCGAAAACGGACUAUUGUGUGAAACGAAGUGCCGCGAAUAAUGUCGUACGGAUAUGUGAUUCUGUUCCGGGUUAUCCGGAUAUGUGUGAGCCGAUCUUCGUCUGGAAAACGUCUCGCUUAAAUGUGCGAUAUAAUUAAGUCAUUCAUUUCAAUGUUGCAAGCUAACGGUCCUCAUAUCGGCACGUGAUGCAUUAGAAUUCGUUGAAAAAUAAAUUUCAUCAAAUUAACAGGUGCGUUAACAUAUCGACGCUUGAAAGGCAAAGUGACUAAGCGACAAUGCGUGAACUUUACAGUAGACUAAUUUAAAGUUGAAAUACUUGAAAAAAAUCUAUUUUAACGAAUCUAGCUGUAGGAUUGAAAUGAUUUUAAUAGACCUAGAAAUAUAUUUUUUUGGACAUCGAAUAUGGUUAUUGCCUAUCAUUUAUGUACAAAGCAGUUAUUGUCGCUUAGUCACGUUUGGCCUUUCAAGCGCCGAUAUUUAUAUAACAGACUUGUUAUGUUUAGAAAACUCCAAUUGGAAAAUACCUCUGGAGAAUCACUUAACAAAUCCACUUUAAAAAAUAUACAUACCUAAUUUAUUUUCACCUGUUUUAGGUGAAUGUACUUUGUAAAUGAAAUUAUAUUUAUUUUACUACUAAAAAGUUCAUACACUUGUGUAAUUAAGAAAUUGAUUUGCCAGUCUCGGUAAUCUUUUGACAAUUCGAUUAUUCUGGAUAUAAAGCGAAAAAAACUCAUGAGUCUAGUUGAACCUAAAAAAAAUGUUUUAAACGUGAACUAACAGACUAUUGAAAUCGAAUAAUUAAACAAGGAGGGAAAAAUUCCACACGCCUCCAAAAAUACCUCCUUGUACCACGAGAACCAGAAGCUAAACAUUCGGAGAAAAUUAACAAACCUUUGAGAAUUUAGUUGUUAUCGGAACUCUUAGAUAAUUAAUUAAGUAAUUAACGGUUCUGCCCCAGGCAUUGCUGAAGUCCAUGGGCUACGGUAACCACUCACUACCAGGUGGGCUGUAUGCCCGUCUGCCUACAAGGGCAAUAAGGAAAAAAGAGCCUGGAAAAUACUACCACCUUGACAUAUUCGAUUAGUCGCAAUUUAUAUCGGCCGAGUUCACUGUGGUAAUGUGAUAAAAAUUAAUAUUUUAAUGUUCAUGAGUGUUUCGUACACCAUGUCCAUCUGUACUUUGGUUGUCAGAUCGUCCUUUGGCAGACGUGAUAGUAGCGCUCGAGUUUUAGAGAUGAAGAGUUCUGUUUUCUCACUUGCUUUUUGUGGGUUGGCGAACAGCUCCUUGUAUAUACGAUGUGGAGGUCGGCUAUCACCAAACGCACCUCUUAGGGACGUGAGGGCGUGGUCCCACUUGUUCAUGGUGGUCUUAACUCCUUGCCACCAUGUCGCGGCUUCAUGAGUUAACAACAUUGACAGCCCACGUAGUGCAUUAGUUUUGCUUACGUUUGCGCAUUCCUUGUAGGCCUCUACGGCGUCUAUAAAUCCGUCAAGUGAUUCGUCUGGCGCUCCGCUGUAGCGAGCCUUGCACGAGGCGAAGUUUCCAUGCGCAGGUUGAGCGGGCGGGGGCGAUGACCGCUGCGAUUGGUUGAGAACUGUAUGUAGAAGUUUCUCUAAACGUUUCCUCUUGGUUGCGUUGCCACGUAGACAUCAUGGCGACCAUGUCGUUGACUGAAAUGUUUCCCGAUGCAGUCGGCGGCGGGGAAGAAUCGUCCUCUGCCGGGUCGAAAUACUCGGAUUGUCGACGAGACUGACGACGUACGCGCGGUUUUGUCAUUUUGUACGAUAGUCACUUCUCACUAAGUUCGCAAAUUGAAAAAAAAAAACAAACUCUUUCACAAAGAGUUCACACGUGGUUUAUUCCAAAGCCACUAGUUGGGCGUCCAUUUUUAAUGUUCAUGAGUGUUUCGUGGGUUACUUUGGAAUAAAACGUCGAAUAAUCGUUCGAGAGGUUUAAUGACUAUGACUAACUUUAAAACAAACACUUUAAUCAAUCUUACUAUAAGCGCACGCGCACACACAAGUCGCAACAACAAUAAUACAAAAUGGAGAACGUCUCAGCGCGUCGGCGUCAGUCUAUCAUGCGCAAGCGCAGUGGCGGUUUGCGAAUCUUGCGAUGGCGGCGCGGUCGCGGACCAAUCACGUCCCGUUGAGGCGCGUUCCGAGGAACGCGCUGAUGGGAAUUAAGAGUGCGUUCGGAAAUGUCCCGUCGCGUUAUAAUAUGUUACCUUUAUGUAUCACAAGAUUCGGUAUGAACAGCAGCGAUCGUGUGAACAGCUAGUACACAGUUUGUCGGAGUCCCUUAAAGUCUACGAUUUAAGAAUUAUCGUAUUGAAAAAAAUCUAAAAAACAUCAUGAAAAACACUUUAGUAGAAUACUCGGAUUGUCGAAUAUUUUAUAUUUAUUACAAGGAUGUUUAUUAAGUCUCGAUUCAGCUUUAUGACGCUUCCACCACUUAUUUUUACUAACCGAUUUCGUCACAUUCCGUUAAUGAAAUUUUAAAUAUCAUAAUUUAUUUUUAUUUCCGAAAUUUGUAUUGACGGACUGCUUGCAUAAUGUCCUAAACGUAUGCACUGGACUAUUAUAGGUAUAUUGAAAUUAUUUUGAUAAUUAUCUAACGAAGAGAUUAUUUCUAAACUUUUUACUAACUCUACCUUUGAAUUUUUCCACUGAAUACUUCAUUAAGCGAAAAGAGUUGAAAAAUUCUACGAUCUAUGAAUAUUUAAGAAAAAAGAAAUUUACUAUUUGUUUGCUCAUGAACGACUGUUUCACUUGUAAUAAGCAAUAAUAUUCUUAAUAUAACUGUAAUGUACACUAUAAUAAUAUAAAUAUACGAGUCAAUUGAUUUUAAGUAUUUUUGAAUGAUCCAAAAAAAAUUAUGAAAAAUCCGUUAUGAAAAUAACAUUCCUAAAUAUGUAAACUGUUAUUUUCGCAUAGAUCAAGAAAUUUCAUUAAACAUGUAUCCUAAACAAAUUCUAAAUUGUCAUUUGUGUAAAUAAAAGAUUGACAUUCUUAAUAAUAUGUUAAGUUGAUACUGUGAGAAAUGGAGGGCUGAACGAAUUGUACUUAAAUAAUGUUAUAAUCGAAAUCUUUAUAAAUAUAAGAAGAAUAUUAUGGAAUACAAUUAUUUUAUCAUUAUUUGAUGAAUACUAUAUGAAGGAAAUAUAAAAAUGGCAUCUUGAAUGAUAACUUUUAAUGUGGAGUUGAUCGUUUGUGAAUAUUGUAGUGUAAAAUUUUAAACUUACUAGCGUGCAAAAUUUCAAUUAAUUUAAGAAAAUUAUAAAUAUCUAUUUAUAUUCAAAUUUACUGUGAUUUGUUUUAUUUCAAGCUACAGAUCUAACUCCUCAUAUUAUUAAAAUAUUUUAUUUACUCGUUACAUAAAUAACGUGCGUAUUUCGUUUUGGAAUGUUAUAUGUAAUGCAUGCAUUUUUUUUUGUUAAGUCUAGUUAUAAUCUUAGAGAUUUUUCGCGUCAAAUAAAUUGUGUUUAUGUUUUUCACGCAGUAAAGAAAAUUAAACCGUAAUAAAGUAUUACCGUUUAAAUGUAUUGCUUAAAAGAAAAAUGUAUAUAAUAAUUAAAGAAACAUCUGGAAUUAUAAAAUAAAUUAUUAAAUAUUUUUAAUGAAAAUAAAUUAAGAAUAUUACGGUCAGAAGGUUUUAGAUGUUACUUUAAUUUUUAUCCUAUUUAUAUUAUUUUAGUUGAUGCACUAACCAGCACUAUGUAGUUAUGUUAAUAAGAAUUAGUAGUAAAUCCUCACCACAUAGAAAGCUUAUAGCUUCUGCAGCUGCAAUUACUUCUCUUCAAUGAGAGAAAAUGGCAAUUACCAAAUAAAAUAUUAGUAAAACCAUUUGGAACAAUAUUACAUAACGAAACUGUUUAUUAAAAUUAGUAUGAAUCAAUCUUAUUAGUAAAUAACCUAAUUCCCUGACUGUGUACAGAAUUAAGAUGUAUUUUUCAUACUAUAAAGCUCCAUAUUGUAUUUGUGAAUGUUUUUAAUUGUUCAACUUAUUAAAAAAGAGCUUGGCAAAUUGAAUAUAUAUAUAUUUGUAAGUUGGUGCUUAGUUUUACUAUAAUAUAAUCUAAUAAAUAGAAGGCCCUCCACAUUGUGAGAUGUUAUCAUUUUGUGUAUCUAAAGCUAUGUGAAAGAUGUACAUAACGAUUAUAAUGAUUUUAUGUAAAUUGGUUAAUAAAUAUUUGAAAAUGUUUAUAUAAUCAAAA